UCCGGGACCGGGAGCAUUGUAUUGGACCCAUAUCUUCUUCCUCGUCUCAUCGCAUGCAUUGUCGACUCAGCACAAAGAGUCGGAGAGACAAUGGUUACUCCGUUCCCGUUAUCUCCCUCCUCUCCUUUCUCCUCCCCUACCAAAUUCCUCAGAAGCUUCUCCUCCAUAACGGUAACAAAAGCAUCACCACUUCCAUUCCUCCACUGCAAGCGGUUUCUCUCUGUGUCUGUGACGUCCUCUUUUCAGAACCCUGACUCUGACUCGCCUCCUUUGCCUCCCAAAGUCCAAACCUUCUGGCAAUGGUUGCGCGACGAGGGUGUAGUUUCCGCCAAGACUCCGGCGAGGCCAGCUGUCGUCCCGGAAGGUCUCGGACUGAUUGCCCAGAGAGACCUUUCCCGGAACGAGGUCGUUCUGGAGGUCCCCAAGAGAUUCUGGAUCAAUCCAGAUGCUGUGGCGGCCUCCGAGAUUGGUACUGUGUGUAGCGAGUUGAAGCCUUGGGUGUCUGUCGCUCUGUUUCUGAUCAGAGAGAAGCUGAAAAACGAUUCUCCAUGGCGCUAUUACCUCGACAUUCUUCCGGAGCACACGAACUCCACUAUAUAUUGGUCAGAAGAGGAGCUGGCUGAACUUCAAGGAACCCAACUUUUGAGCACGACUUUGAGUGUGAAAGAAUAUGUGCGAAAUGAAUUUCAAAAGGUGGAAGAAGAAAUCAUAUCCCCUAACAAGCAGCUUUUUACUUCUCCUAUAACAUUGGAUAAGUUCUUUUGGGCAUUUGGAAUACUCAGAUCAAGGGCAUUCUCACGCCUGCGCGGACAAAAUCUUGUUUUGAUCCCCCUUGUAGACUUGAUUAACCACAGCCCUAGCAUAACCACAGAAGAUCAUGCAUGGGAGAUUAAAGGAGCAGCUAGUCUCUUCUCUUGGGAUUCCUUAUUUUCUCUACGCACACCCGUUUCUGUCAAGGCUGGUGAGCAGGUUAUGAUCCAAUAUGAUAUAAAUAAGAGCAAUGCUGACCUGGCCCUCGACUAUGGGUUCAUAGAACCUAAGGAUGAUCGUAAUGGUUAUACUCUAACACUAGAAAUAUCUGAGUCAGACCCAUUUUUUGGUGACAAGCUUGACAUUGCCGAGGCAAAUGGUUUUGGUGAGACUGCAUACUUUGACUUUGUUUUUGACCGUCCACUUCCACCAUCAAUGCUUCAAUAUCUGCGGCUGGUAGCACUUGGUGGCACCGAUUCUUUCCUAUUGGAAUCUAUUUUCAGAAAUUCUAUAUGGGGCCACCUUGACCUACCUGUAAGCCGUGCAAAUGAAGAACUCAUAUGUCAAGUGGUCCGAGAUGCCUGCAAAUCUGCUCUUUCUGGGUAUCAUACCACCAUUGAAGAGGAUGAGAAGUUAAAAGGAGCAAAUCUUGAUCCUAGGCUAGAAAUUGCUGUUGGGAUAAGAGAAGGGGAGAAGAAGGUGCUCCUACAAAUUGAUGAGAUUUUCAAGGGUAGGGAAUCAGAAUUGGAUGAAUUGGAAUACUACCAAGAAAGGAGGCUGAAGGAUCUUGGCCUAUGUGGGGAGCAAGGUGAGAUCAUCUUCUGGGAGCCCAAGUAGGGCCAAGUCUUCAAAUGCACCUCCUAAACUAUGAUCAUUAGGUUAUUACCUGAACAAACCACUUUCUUGAGUUCUCUGAGGGAAAAAGGGACAGCCACUAGACAGCUUUUUACAUGGUGAAGUGAACUCUCUUCAAUUGCAUCUCAAUCAGGUUUCGAUCUAGGAUUCCACUCAGUUUAAUUUCUGCAGCUAGUUUGUACUUGUACUUCAAUAGCAGCAAUAUGUGAUUGGUUGAGCUACAAUCUUUCUCAAUAUACAAUAUACCAUAGCUAGUGCAUAUUCUUGUCAA